UUUAGGGCUAGGGUUUAUCACGCCAUGUCUCUCGCGAAGGUCACGCGUCUCCUCCUUCCCAGGUUCUCGGAUCCAGCGGCGACGGUGGCAGCAGCGGUAGCGUCCAUCGAUCGGCGGCAUUCUCUGUUGGCAUCGAUCGUUUCGAUUUCACGGAUGCAGCAGGUACCGCCUCCAAAUUUCGAGCAGCGGCUGCCAGGGGUAGUCCGCGAUCUCGUUCCUCUCGACGAGGAGGGAGGAGGGAUUCUCGAGUGUGGGCGCGGGGACAGGAGGACCAAACGGGGCAAGAUUUCCAGAGGAUCGUUUGGGAAAUGCCGGCGCAAUACCAAGAACGCGCUGCGGCGGCUUAGAGAGAAAUGGGAGCUUCCCAAAGGUGCUCCUCUCCCAGCCCCGCACGAAAUAGCUUAGCUUUCUAGUGGAAAGUUUCUCUGGUGGCUAAAAUAAGAAGACCAAGGAUUCCAACU